GUCUAUUGUUUUACUCCAAAUCUUGUGACUGAUCUGCGAUAGCUGAUGUCAGUGGAUGAGGAUGAACGGGUGUAGUUUGCGCUCUCAAAAGUGUACACAGGCGUGAAUCGAGGCCGAGGGUUUAUCACGAGUAGCCUAACGAUAACAAAGAGAAUGACGGAGAUGCUAUCAGGCUGAGUUGGAGACUCAUCAUUUCACAGAUUCAGUAAUGAAUGCUAUAGAAAAGGAAACUGAGAUUAAUCGAGUCUGAGAAGUGGCUGUCGGAUCACUAGAGGCUAGAGCUGGUGGCCGUCUUGGAGACACUCAAUAACAGGAAUUGUUGUGGUGCAAAUCAAAGUCGGAGAGGAUGGCGGGCUACUCACCGAUAAAGCUUCUUUCGAUGCCGUAUGGUUCACAUGAUCAUGAGCUGUACAAUUAUGGUCAGAAACACUUCAACUGUUCUGUCGAGCCUUACUAUGUUCCCUGGAUCUGGACCUUGUUCGGGGAAUGUGUGACAAAUGCGGUGGAAUAUACAGGUUUCAUUCUGGGUCUUAUUCAGCUUCUUUGCUGGAUCCUUGUAAUGUUCCCGCAAUUCUAUGAGAACUUCAAGAGGGGUAAAAUGGAUGAGGCCAUUGCUCCAGCUUUCUUGAUUCUGUGGAUGUUUGGUGAUUUAUCCAAUCUAGUAGGAUGUCUUCUAACUCAUCAACUAUUCACACAGCUAGCGACUGCCGUUUACUACCUAUUUAUGGAUGCCCUUAUCAUUUCACAGUUCACCUAUUACUACUUCAAGAAUAAGAAGAACAAGGUCUAUGUUGUCGACUCUUCACAAGAAAACCCUGCUGUCCAAACCAGAGAUCAGGACCAUUCCCACAUCAUCUACUGCUGUACCUUCCUCCUCUCUACCUCACUGCUUGUCUCAUUACCAUGGCAACAAGGUCAAAGUUCAUCUCCUCUAAGGUCAAGUGGUACUGGCAGGUCUCUUCUGUCCGUCGUCGACUCUAAUACUAGUAAUACCACCGAGCCACCAUGCUUAUUGUACUACAAGGGGAAUUGUGUUUUCUUUGAUUCAUUGGAUAUAUUUGGAUAUGUGUGUGGCUGUUUAUCAGGUGUAUUCUAUGUGGGAUCUAGGAUACCUCAACUUAUACAAAAUUAUCGAAGACAGUCCGUAGAGGGCGUAUCUAUCUUAAUGUUCAUCUUGACGGUGACAGGUAACGUCUUCUACGGCGCAUCGGUCCUCAUGGAGGAUACAUCUACAGUGUUUCUCAUCAGGCAUUUACCAUGGCUUGUCGGCAGUCUUGGGACGCUCUUCUUCGAUUGCAUCAUGCUGACCCAGUUUGCCCGUUUCAGAUACUGCCGAUCAGAGAGGCUUCGAUCAGCUCAUGAAGACGAGGAUAGGAAAAAGCUGCUCAAUGGAGUGAAUGGAGCGAAUGGAUCGUUAUGAGGAAGAUCCUGACAGCUAGCCUGCUCAGUGCCACGCUGAGAAGCAGAAGGGUGUUAAAGAAUAUCCUUUUAAAGUCUGUCUGCACUAGUUUAGCCAGGGGGAUUAUACCUCCCUGCAACGUCACUGACA